AUGAUGCGAAUUCAGUAUCAUGUCCUCCGCCACCGACUCCGCCUCUUUUACUCCACCGUUGUCGUCGCCGAUCAUAUCACACCCUCUCCUCCGCCACCCGCCGCUGCACUCAACCCCAUAACACCAAUAAACCCCACCCAUCUCCUCCGUGUCUCCACCAUCCUCUACCAACAACAAGACUCGCCGGAAUCAAGACUUCACAAAUCCCUCUCGAAUUGCAACUUCCAUCUCACCCAUGAAUUUUUCCUUCAAAUCUGCAACAAAUUUCCAUAUUCAUGGAAACCCAUUUACAAAUUUCACAAAUUUACACAAACGCAGAACUUCAAUCACACACCCAUCACCAUUAACAAAAUGCUUGAUGUUGUUGGUAAAGCAAGAAACAUUGACAUUUUAUGGGAGUUGACUAAAGAAUUUGGUCAACGCCGUUUGGUUAGUGACAAGACUUAUAUGGUUGUGAUCAAAACUUUGGCUUCUGCUAGGGAGAUGAAGAAAUGUGUUGACUUUUUUCAUUUAAUGAAUGAAUUUGGAUAUGGGUAUGAUUUGAGGACUUUGGAUAAGGUUGUUGAGUGUUUGAGUAGGAGUAAACUUGUUGAUGAAGCUAAAUGGAUUGUUUUUAAGUUGAAUGAUUUUGUAAAACCAAAUGGGGUUACUUAUAAGUAUUUGAUUUGUGGUUUUUGUGAUGUGGGUGACUUAGUUGAAGCUUCAAAGAUUUGGAAUUUGAUGGUGGAUGAAGGUUUUGAGGUUGAGAUUGAUGGUGUUGAGAAAAUGAUGGAUGCCUUUUUUAAGGCGAACCUGUUUGAUGAAGCCAUGAAGCUUUUUCAAUCGGUUAGAGUUAAUCGGAUUGAUGAGUUGGGGGUUUCGACUUAUAGGCUUGUGAUUGGUUGGAUGUGUAAAAGGGACAAGCUUGGUCAAGCAAGGGCAAUGUUUGAUGAGAUGUGUGGGAGAGGGAUAGAACCGGAUUCGGUGAUAUUUGGUUCGUUGAUUUAUGGGUUUUUGAGCAAAGCCAGGAUUCGUGAAGCGUAUGAGCUUGUGGAAGGGAUGGAGAAGCCUGACAUUAAUGUUUAUCAUGGUUUGAUUAAGGGGCUUUUGAGGUUGAAAAGGGCAAGUGAAGCAACACAAGUAUUUAGGGAGAUGAUUAGGAGAGGUUGUGAACCUACAAUGCAUACUUAUGUAAUGUUGUUGCAAGGACAUUUAGGCAAAAGAGGGAGAAAGGGUGAUGACCCUUUAAUCAAUUUUGAUACUAUUUUCAUAGGAGGGUUGGUUAAGGCAGGAAAGUCGUUAGAAGCAACCAAGUAUGUCGAGAGAGUGACAAAUCAAGGACUUGAGGUACCUAGAUUUGACUACAAUAGAUUCUUGCAUUACUAUUCGAAUGAAGAAGGUGUUGUUAUGUUUGAGGUAAUGUCAAAGAAAUUGAGAGAAGUUGGUUUGUUUGAUUUGGGAGACAUAUUUCAAAGAUAUGGUGAGAAAAUGUCUACUAGAGAUAGAAGGAGAGAGAGGUGACGUAAAAUCUAAUUUAAUUCAAAGAUUAUUGUGUGACUUCGUCACAGAAUCACAUUGACAUGAUAUAAUAUGAUAUACGAGUACUUAUUUUAGUA